AAGGCGACACACACACACACAUAUGAACACACACACACGAACACACACAGACUCGGCAGCAGCAGCAGCAUCUCCUCCAUUCUCAGCCCGGCAUCUCGAGCUCUGUACGCGCGGCGGUGAGCAGCUCUCUGACGGCCCUGCUUUUUCUUUUGAGGGGUGGAGGAGGUGUGUGUGUGUGUGUGAGUGUGUGUGUGGACGGAUCUCAUGGAUACAUGGCCGCCGAGCUGCGACUAGACAUGUAGCCGCCAGGAUGCCCGCCGACUACAUCUGUCGUUUGCUCCUGCUCGGGUCGGUCUGCGCGGUUUGGGAGGCGCUGGCCAAAUCUCUUCCAGAUCAGGGAGCAGUGGAGGUGCAAAUUAAAGUCCAGGUGUUCGACAACAGCGACCUGUCUCCGUUGGCCGGCGCUCAGGUGGAAGUCCACGGCAAUCAGACCGUGUUGGCGUCGAGCCGGGCCGGUGGCGAUGGCGUCCUGAGGGUCAGCUUCCUGUACCGCACGGGAACAUGGGUCAUCAUCACGGCCUCCAAACAAGACUACGUCACCAACUCGGUGCCCUGGCACUCGAGUCGCAUCCCCUUGUACGCGUCAGUGAGCCUGUACCUGCUGGUCCAGAGGCCAGGAACUCUCAUCCUGUACGACGACGUCCUGCAGGUGCUGUCCGGAUCUCCAGGAGCUCGUAAUCAGCCGCUGGUGCAGCUCCAGAGGAAGUCCCUCCAGCUGCCGUCCAACUCCAACUACACGGCGCUGUCCGCCGCGCUGACCACAGCCAGGACUCAGUACGAGGUCGGAGGCUUCCCGUUCCUCCUGGGCCAAGAGACCAACAGCUCAGGUGCAGAAACCGGGUGGACCGACCUGACAGCUCUGGCCGUGGUCAGCAUUCAGCUCUUCGACAAAGAUGGCAGCGCGAUCCAGGUCUCAGAUCCGAUCCACAUCUCUGUGCCGCUGCCGUCCGACACCCGAAACAGGAUGGCCACGAGCGUUCCCGCUUGGCUGUAUCAGCCUAAGACGGGGCUGUGGGUGAGGAACGGGACGGGCUACAUCAAGAAGGACGGGCCUCAGUUUGUGUGGAACGUGGUGGUUCCUCAGAUGGGAUACUGGCUGGCUGCCUUCCCUUCAUCAUCAGGACUGGGUCUGUCUCAUCCCGGUUUGAGGGACAUCACCACCUACCACACCCUGUUCCUGCUCUCCAUCCUGGGCUCGCUGGCCCUGCUGGUGCUCAUCCUGCUCUGUGUGCUGCUCUACUACUGCAGGUGUGGGGAGCGUAGACGCAGGCGGAAGUGUUUAAAGCCUCGUCGACAGCAAGGGAAACCCCACUCGGCCAAUCUGAACGGAGCCAAGAGAGACCAGGGUACAUCCACAUCACGCCUGAAUCUGAUCUGUGGCGGCCAUGUUGAGUCCGGCACCUCCAACGACAAAUCUGACAUGUCCCCGUCUCGAGACUACCAGAGCUCGAGAGAGGACUUAACCAAGCACGUUCCGGCUCACAUGCUGCGGCACGCGAAGGGAAAAAAUGCGUCAGGGCCUCAGCGAGGUGAAAGCUUCCCCAUGAAGGUGACGCGAGCCACCGAGACCAACAACCUGGACAACCCGCUGCUGCACGAAGACUACAACCGGAGCUACAGCCCCAUGGAGGGCAAGGAGUCUGAGUAUCACCGACACCACAACGCCAACGACAAUCGAGGAUACUCCUCCGAUCCCCCGUCGCCACCUCGCUUCCAAGGAUACGUGCCAAGCCAGUCGGACAAACCGCCUGAAUAUUCGGCCGCAGCUGCAGACAGCCUCGCCAGACCCACGUCCCUCAACACCCAGCCGGGUCAGAUCAUCUUCUGCAGCUCCAUCGACCAGAUGAAGGAGAACAUGUACCGCAGCAUGGUGCCAACCCUCGUCAUCCCGGCCCACUACAUGCGCCUGCCCUCCGAGUUUUCUGGUAAAGACGGAAAGGACGGGAAGGAUCAAGACAAAGACGGCGCACAGAUGGGAGGAGGCCAGCAGCAUCACCACCACCACCUUCAGAAACAAGGCCAGCAGCAGCAGGGCGGAUCCCAAGGUGACGACUCCGAGGACCCGAGCUGGGCGUCCGACUCCUCCGGCGGACCGGUGACCAUCCCGGUGCUGUUUAACGACUCCACCAUGGCUCAGAUGAACGGCGAGCUGCAGGCGCUGACGGAAAAGAAGCUGCUGGAGUUGGGGGUCAAACAGCACCCGAGGGCGUGGUUCAUCUCUCUGGAUGGACGCAAUAACGCCCAUGUGCGCCACUCUUACAUAGAUGUUGGGAAUGAUCUCAGUGGCGGCGGCGGUGGCGGCGGCCCUUUCUUAAGUGUUUCCAGCAGCUCUGCCCGAGACAUCAACCUGGAACCACCUCUGGAGUCUCAAGAACGCAAGUCAGCGAUCAACAGGAAGGGGAAAGACGACCGCUGGGGGACGGGAGGACGGAAGGGCCAUGGCGUUAGCGGCGGCGGGAAGAGUUACUCCAAGCUGGCCUACCCCGACCACAGCGAGCCGAGCAGCAGCGAGGGACGCCCGGUCUCGCCUGAGGAGAACUCCCUCACCCCUCUCCUCGACGAAGGUCCGUCCUCCCGAGGGUCCACCAUCCCCAGGAGAGGACGCAGCCGGGUGAACAGCAGCCGCAGCAGCAACAGCGAGAACCGGCGCGACUCCAUGACGAGCCCCGAGGACGAUCCCGACGACAAAGACGAGAACAAGAAGAGCCCCUGGCAGAAAAUCGAAGACAGGCCUCUGAUGGUCUUCCACCCCAGGAAGUGAGCUGUUCGGACUGAGCGCUGGACCUCUGAACGAUCUCUUUAGAGGGGAAUCUGAGUGAUGUUUUCACAAUAAGCACAACCGAGCUUCACUGGUCCACUUUCAGGUUGUUGUUUGACCUUUGACCUUUGACCUUUGUGUUCCUGGUGAGGUGGCGUUGCACUUUGAUUGCUCUCGUAGUCUCACUGUCGGUUAAUCUUACUGCUUUUCCACUGAGAUGAUCUAUCUGUACUGAUCCAGUUUAUUGUGAAUUCUGUCACCUUAUCACAUCACUGAACCAUCGUCUGAGCCAUUGCAUAUACUGACUGUGGAAAUAGCCAUUUUAUAGAGCAAAAUAUAAGAACGAAGCACUUACUAAUAAUUUGAUAAUGUUGAUUGAUACUUACCAAGUAUUUGAAAAGUUUUUUAAGGGAUUGAUGGAUGUUUAGGUGGGUUAGAUUUCCGUCCUCGGACACUUGAUGGUAUAAAAUGUGCGCCUGUGACUACUCCCCUCCCUAAACUGUAAGUAGGAUAAGUUUAUUUUGAGGGAAACAGCUUCUCAAUGCUUGAAUAUGUAGGAAACGUAUACAUUUUUCUUGAGCCCCUGUGAACGGAUCAUGCAAUCUUUAAAGUCCGACGUGCGACUUGCAUUUUUGCUCCUUCAGGGAUGUACUUGAUUUCCUCUUCCUCCUGUACUGUGUUCAUGUGUUCAAAUUACUUAUUCAGAUAGUAAUGAUUUGAAAUGUGGAGCAUCGUCUUUAAAGGAGCAGUUCAGCCACAAACUCAUGAACUCAUGACUCAUGAAGUCAUGAACUACUCACAUGCUGAUGGGAAGGUGGAGUUUCGUUGUUCACUAAACAUUUCAGGAGCCUCACAGCGAAACAGUGUUGCAGCGUUCUCGCAAACAACUGAAGUAACUGGAGACUUGAGAAAGAAAUGAUUUUCAUGCUGAAUUAGCUAUUAGCUGUUCCGGUUUGCGGUGUACCCAUAGAUGUGCAGACAACUCCCACUGAAUCACUUUGAUACUGAAGAAAACUUUAAAAUCUGAUUGAUCUCAGGCAGGUUCUGCAGUAUUGAGGAGCGUCUUUCUAAGAUGGACAUCAGAAAUAAUGAUAUAGCUGCUAAGAUAAAAUCCUCAGCAUCAGCACCUUGUCUGAAGUGGCUGCACAAACUCGCCAGCAUGUUGAGGGUGUAAAUAAUGUACUCAAAUUAAUUUGGGAUCUGGGGACUUUCAGAGACUUGGAUUACACCCAAGAACCCAAAUUAACUUGAAAAGAUGAAAAACACCAUUGAGGCGCGGUCGAGCUUGUGUGCCCAUCUGCUGACGUGCUUUAAGCUUAGCAGCUACAGUGAAGCUUUCACCUUUAAAAAAAGGCUGUCAAAUAACGUCUCUUCAGAUCAGUUUGGGAUCUUAAACCUCCCGGAGAUGAAAUGGCUGGAUGAUAUAAAUAACCUGUUUUAACAUCAAUUUUGGAUCUCAGGGCUUUUAUGAGACUUGGAUGACUCCAGAAUCAGUUCGUGUUUGGUUCUUUUAUUUGUUUUUUGUUUUUUUAAGUAAAACAAGUUUCCAUCCACUUCAGUUGUUCAGGAGAAAGAUGCCACACAGUUUUGCUGUGAAGCUGCUGAAAUGUUUUAUGGACUACAAAACUUGACCUGAUUUCUGAUCAGCAUUUGAGUGAGGAGACAAUGACUGACUUCCCAUUUUUAGGCGAACUGUUCCUUUCCGUCUCUCUGUCAUCCUUCCUGUCAUCAGUGAUCUACACUUCUGCCAAAAUUUUCGCAUUUCUGCCUUUCUCCUGUUGUCGGCCGACAAAAGUUGUGUAAAUAGAUUCCCAGACGUUUGAAAGACCAUUUGGUAAAGAUAGGUUGCAUGCAUACAACAUGAAUGUAUGAAAUAAAAACCGAAGGCACCAAAACGCCCCGCCCCUCCCCCACACAGUUCUUCGGGCUCCUGCGUAGACGACUCAGCCAAUCGCCAAGAAAAAGUCUGAACAGAUCAUCACUUUACUUGAAGACUUCCUGUUUGAUACUGAGAUCUAGUGAGGGUUGUUUGUAGACAGGGCCUGUACCACUCCUCUCCUGUAAGUGCCUUCUUUCACGUAGGAUCGAGUGAUAGGCAUGCAGGUCCCUUUUUAACAUGCAGUUAAUCGCCACCUAAACUGAGCUGCCGACGUCGGCGGGCACUGAUAAGCACACUGCACCGUGGUAACAGCGACACGCGUCACUCUGGGGAGCAUGCCUGCCAAACCGGACAACUUUUUCUUGCGGCUGUGACGUCCUUGAAUAUCUUGAUUUCUUGUAUCUAUCCUCUUUUUCACCAAACUUGUAAAUGGUAUGAUGAACUAUAUGAGAUUUUAUGUGUAUACGACGUGCAUGUAACAUGUAGAAUAGGGUGUUUUUAAAAACGAAAAACCUUUUUUUGAAAACGAUUCCGGGAUGUUUUGGCACAAUGUUGUGAUGCGCCGACGCAUCGAGUUGUGUUGCCAAAUGAACUUGGUUAUUACGAAGAUACACUGACUUUUUUUUUUUUUCUUUCUUUCUUUCUUUCCCUUGAUCCAGUUCUAACAACAUUCACUUCCGGUCGUAAAUGUUUACAACGAUAACAUACUGACCAACACGCUCACGCUGUUACUAGCAUCACCACUGCCUCUGACGCAUCCACAACUGUGAACUUAAUUACAUCAUCUCGCAGAUUCGUGAACGUUUAGGAAAAACCUGAAGAGGUUAAUGUUUCCUGUUUUCUUUUCGCAGAGUUGAUUACGAAGUGAAAAUCUCGAAGGCUGUACAAAUAUCAUGCUGACUUGUUGGUCCUUUCCACCAUUUUGCUUGCUGUUCAUAAGCCCGCGUCGGUCGCCUACAGCUCUUAUCUGAUAAUGUGAUGUAACCGAAAGAGUGAAGCGAUUCCUGCUGAACUGUCGCGUCCUCUGCUGUAAAUGUACGUUCUUUUUUUGGACCAGAUAUGGAAUUAUUGAGUUGUGCAAUCGUGGCUUUCCUUGCUUGUUUUUGUUUCAGAAAAAUCUGUUUUCUCGGUAGAUUUUGUGAACUUGUGUUUGGACGGCAGAGUAUUUACACGGGAACCGAAAACCCCCCUGAUCGGACACGUGAAUCGCUCUGUUGGAUCUUUGAAGGCGAGGGAGGAUUGACCUGUAGGCCUUCAUCCUGUGCAGUAAAUCAUUUGCUUCAUUAAACCUGGUCAGUUGUUUGUAAACUGUAAAUUGAUUCUUUCUGUACAUGAGACAAACUAGAAAUAAAUUUGUUCCCACGGUCA